AUGGGCUCUGGAAACAGUACAUCAAUUGGAACAAAUCUUUCACUUCAAUUUUCUGAAAAAACCAAAAAAUUUUAUCGAACGGAUGAAAUCGUUUCUGGCACGAUUGAAUGGUCCAAUGAUGGUGAUUCUGAUGUGACAUUAAAGAGUAUCACUGUCGAAUUAGUCGGUGAACUUGUGUACCGUAUUGAUAAAAGAUCAAAUAAACAGAGAUCGUCAGCUACUCAUCGUAUGACAUUCUUUACCAAAAUAUUAAAUUUAUGUUCGACUGAUAAUGAAAAUAAAAUUAUUCUAACACCAGGCAAUUAUAGUUGGUCAUUUUCCUUUGAUCUUGAUAAUUCACUUCCACCUACUAUGAAACAAAUUCAUUAUCAAGGUCCCUAUAUUCAUUACUUUCUUUGUGCUCGAUUAGAACAAUCCGAUUUAUUGAAGAAAAAUAUUACAGAACGAUAUCCUAUUAUAUUUCAACAGUCGUCAACAUCAUUACGUUUGACUCACCUUGAAGUUCAAGAUGAAAAUCGAAAUGGCGUUCAUAUGCAUGUAUUUUGUCAUAAGAAUGUUGCUGUUGCUGGUGAACGACUCUCCUUACAACUCAACUUAGAAAAUCCAAAUCAAAAAAUAAUUCAUCGAAUAUCGGCAAAAUUAAUUCAGGAACGAAUAUUAGGUUCUACAAAAGAGAAAAAUGUAAUUCCAUUGGCAAAGAAUCUCAUAAAUGUAUAUAAUUUUCAGGAAGAAUAUUUAUAUGAUGACAUCAAACUUCUUCUACCUAAAAAUACUGUAGCAUCGUUUUCAUGGAGAGGAAAAUCAAAGCCUUCUCAACACUUAUUAAGCAUGCGUUACUGGCUUCGUCUUGAAGCUCACAUGUAUGAUAAAUUCAAUAAUAUUUGCCUACAAGUUCCUUUAACUAUCAUCAAUACAAUAUCAACAAAUGAAGAUGAAAUAAUACCACUACCUACCUAUGAAAGUCUUUUUCCUGUAUGA